UUUCAUCCCAAAGAUUUCAACACAGUUUGACAUGCAGGUCUCAUGAUUUCAGUUCUGUGAAUGUAGUGAUCAAUCAAACCAUGACCCUAAUUUGAUGCUUUGCUAACCUUAUCAAAUGUUUUCUUGACAAUGUGCAGAUAUUUUGUGGAGAAAUUUCAUAUUGAUCAUACACAGGAUUAAAAGGAUUAACAGUAAAAAGAGUUAGGAAAUUUAAGGAUCAAACAUGGCCCAGGAACGACAUGAACCUUACUGUCUUGUCAUGCCUGUUAUGUAAUAAUGUUUUUAUUACUCUGCCUGAUCUUGUAGCUAAUGCAUUCUGGUUGUGCAUUGUGUCUCUAUUAUGGGGCUCCACAAAUCCUCUUAUAAGACAAGGAAGUAAAGGAAUAGAGGAUAUUCACAGACCGAGUCGCAUUGGUCAGUUUUUUGCAGAAGUGCUUUUUCUUGUAUCCAACUGGAGGGUGAGAUAUUUUUCAUAACUGAAUUGUGAUAUUUAAAUAGAAGAAGGUAAACAGAAGGUAGCAGUUGAUUUCUCAAUCUUUGUUUGGCUUAGUUGAGGAUGUCUUCAUAUUAAAUACAUAGAUUCCAUGCAUACACAGAGGUACACUGUAUCCCCUAGAAAUAUUAAGCCCCCGAUCCUUCCAAAAAAAAUACAUAUACAUCUAUUUUAAUUUACAAAUCCAAUUAUUUUUAUUUGAUCACUGGCACUACCCACUCACCAAUCAAUCCUUCAAUCAAUGCCUGCCUGUGUGUAUUACACAAAGACACAUGCUCUUCUCUCUACUCAUUAGGCAUUUUCCCCCUUUGAAGUUCAAAAUGAUGGUCAUGAAUUACUUUUCUAAGUUAUAGCUAUGUCAGGCUCACUGAUAAAUGGUCUGGUGGAUUUUUUCCUCUACAGUAUUUGAUUCCCUUUUUGUUAAACCAGUGUGGGUCAGUGGUUUAUUACCUGACACUUGCAUCUGCAGGUUUGUAAUUAGCAACAAGUUUUGUUUGUUGUUGUUUUUUUUAAUCUUAUAUACUUCUGAAGAACCAUACUAUAUUCAUUAGUAUUUGUUAUUACCAGUUAUUGAUGCCAUUCAUUUUCCAGAUUUGUCUGUUGCUGUGCCAAUUACUAACUCUUUGACUAUGAUCAUCACAACAUUGACUGGGAAGCUUUUAGGUGAAGACAACAUUAAUGCAGGUAUUGAUAAUAACGAAGUCCCUUGUAAGACAAAAUACAACUCAACAAAACUCAAUGAAAGAUGCACAGUUAAAAAAAUAAUAAUAAUAAACAGCUUUUGUGAUAGUUUAUGGCCACACAUGGGAACUCCAUGGUUGCUUUUAUGGGAGAAUAGGUGGUUUGGUGGCUGGGAUGCCAGACUCCAAGUGGAGAGAGCUCUGGUCUAAAGCCUUGGAUAGGAAUAGGAAUAGAAAAAGGUUAAAAGAAAAUUGACAGGAGAAGUGAAUCCUGACAAAAUGGGAGAGCAGGGUACCUAUAGUGGACUGACAUCCUGAUCAGGAGUAGCAACAAUACUCCAAGUUGCUGGAUGGUAGAGAAAUCUUGAGAAGCUGUAGCUGCUAUGCUAUUCAGUUGCCCUAAAAUAUUUUUAUAUUUUGAUGAAUGCAAGAGUUCGAAAGUGCAAAAUCUUAUUUUUUCAUGAUGCAUGCUUUGGAUCAAGUUCUUAAGAAUGCUGUUUUAUUUGCAGGAACAUUUCUUGGAAUGAUGCUCGUUGUAUCUGGGGUGAGCAUUUGUGUUAUGGAUAAAACACUAUGAAUCAACAUAACAAUCCAAAAACUAGAAGAUUAUCCUCUCAAAAUGGAGGUAGUUGGGGAUAAUCAGAGCACAUGCUGUCAAAACAUACGCGCUGGUAAUGGUAGUCAAUCUUUGAAACUAGUUGUUUGUUUGCUCUGAUCUGUACCUAUGGACCAAGCAGUUGAGAGUACUAAUCAAAUUAUCAGCAAUAUAUAUUUAUUUGUAAUUAUGAGGUCAAUAAGAGUUUUUUAAAAUUAUGCUG